AUGGCACCUUUUGAGGCUUUGUAUGGUAGAAGAUAUAGAUCUUCGGUUGGUUGGUUUGAUGCAUUUAAGGUUCGACCUUGGGGUACAGAUAUAUUGAGAGAGUUGCUUGAGAAGGUGGAGGUCAUUCAGGCCAAGAUUUUAGUAGCUCAGAGUCAACAGAAGAUAUAUGCAGACCGGAAGGUCCGAGAUUUAGAGUUUGCCGUUGGUCAUCAGAAAUAUCAUGCCGAUGGUACCUAUAUUGUUCAUUGGCACUCGGUAGUUCUUGAUGAGAAUUUGACUUCUGAGGAGGAGCCUAUUGCGAUUUUGGGUAGGCAGGUCCGAAAGUUGAGGUCUAAGGAGAUAGCUUCUGAGAAGGUGUAA